GAAAACAGUCGAGUUUCUCAGGUGCUCAAUGUGCUCCAUAGUCGAGAAGUCAACUCGGCUCACGCAGACAAUAUGGACUGAGUUAGCACCGAAGAUCAAGUACGUUCUGACCGACUGCGAUGGAGUAAUCUGGCAUUCGAAAGAAAGAGUGCCUGGAGCGAGCAUCGUUCUCGAAAAGCUCCGCGAUAGGGGUAUACAGCUCGGAUUCGUCACCAAUAACAGUGGGACUUCUCGGGCUGAGCUCCUGGAGAAGUUUUCGGCACUCAAGAUCAAAGCGAACCCCGAAGAGAUAUUCUGCGUGAACAAUUUGACUGCGAAGUAUUUGGUUGGCAAGGGAGUCACAGGAAAGCUGUACAUGAUUGGCCACAAAGCUCUCUACGAUGAACUCCAAGCUGUGGGUCUAAGCUGCAAUGAGCCCGGUCCGGAUCCAGUUGAUGAUUAUUAUCAAUCGUGGUCUGGGCUGCACUUAGAGGAGACAGUCCAAGCCGUGGUAGUCGGCUUCGAUAACCAUUUCAGCCUGGCGAAAGUAUGCAGAGCGGCAUCCUACUUGGAGGAUCCGAAGUGUCUGUUCGUCGCUACGGAUGCAGAUUCCCGGAUUGCCGCCCCUAAAUGUCCGCACCUGGUGCUUCCGUGCACUGGAUCGAUAAUUGCGGCGGUCCAAGCGCCGACGGGCCGGACACCAGAGCUCAUCGGAAAACCGUCGACUCUUCUGGCGGAUAUGAUUCGCACCGUCUAUCCGGGUCUGUCAGGACAGAAUACUCUGGUCAUCGGAGACAACUUGGAAACCGACAUCGAGUUCGGAAGACGGAGCGGAUUCACCACGCUCCUGGUUGAAACCGGAGUCCAUAAACGUCAUCAUGUGAGGAGGUCCGAGGCUCCCAGCUUUUAUACGCCGAGCAUCGCUGAUCUCGCUGAAUUCAUGAGAUGA